CCCUUUCUCUCAGCUCCCUCUCUCCAUCUGAGAAGAAAUGGCGAUUCCCCCGCUUCGAAGCACGCGAAUCUCUUCCAAUCAGCUGUUCAUCGCUGCCCUCCUUCUCCUCUCCCUCGCCGCCAUCUUCCUCCUAUCCGCACCGUCCGAUCUAGAUCACUCCACUCUCACCCGUUUGAUCUCCAACCCCACCCGCCGCUCGAUCCUGGCCCUCAAAUCCGACCCCUUGAAGGCCCGUCUGGACCAGAUCCUGAAGCAGGCCAAUGACCACAAAACCCUAGUUCUCGCCUACGCCUCCUACGCGCGCAAGCUCAAGCUCGAGAACUCCAAACACCUCCGCAUCUUAUCGGAUCUAGCCCGCAACUUCUCGGAUCUCAUCUCCAGGCCCCCAUCCAUCUACGAUCCGAGCCGUCCAUUGCACUCAUCUCCGACGUCCAUCGACGAGCCGGCCCUCCGCCGCUUUGAGAAGGACGUGAAGGAGCGAAUCAAGCUGACGCGCCAGAUCAUCACGGAGGCAAAGGGAUCGUUCGACAAUCAGCUCCGGAUCCAGAAGCUCAAGGACACGAUCUUCGCCGUCAACGAGCAGCUGACCAAGGCAAAGAAGCAAGGGGCCUUCUCGAACCUGAUUGCAGCGAAAUCGAUCCCGAAAUCAAUCCACUGCCUCGCAAUGCGGCUGAUGGAGGAGCGGAUCGCGCACCCGGAGAAGUAUGUAGAUGACCCGGCGGCUGCGCCUCCUGAAUUGGAGGACCCACGGCUCUAUCACUAUGCCAUCUUCUCUGACAACGUCAUCGCUGCAUCUGUUGUGGUGAAUUCGGCGGUGAAGAACUCCAAGGAGCCGUGGAAGCACGUCUUCCACGUUGUCACUGACAAGAUGAACCUCGGUGCGAUGCAGGUGUUGUUCAAGAUGAGGGAUUACAAUGGGGCCCACGUUGAGGUUAAGGCAGUUGAGGACUACAAAUUCCUGAACUCCUCCUAUGUGCCGGUGCUCCGCCAGCUGGAAUCUGCCAAUCUGCAGCGGUUCUACUUCGAGAACAAGCUUGAGAAUGCGACGAAGGAUACCACAAAUAUGAAGUUCAGGAAUCCAAAGUAUUUGUCAAUGUUGAAUCAUCUGAGGUUCUAUCUGCCGGAGAUGUACCCGAAGCUGCACCGGAUCUUGUUUUUGGACGACGAUGUGGUGGUGCAGCGGGACCUGACAGGGCUGUGGAAGAUUGAUAUGGACGGGAAGGUGAAUGGGGCGGUUGAGACGUGCUUCGGGUCGUUCCAUCGGUAUGCACAGUAUAUGAACUUCUCUCAUCCCUUGAUCAAGGAGAAGUUCAAUCCUAAGGCAUGUGGGUGGGCUUACGGGAUGAAUUUCUUCGAUCUGGAUGCUUGGAGGAAGGAGAAGUGCACCGAGCAGUACCAUUACUGGCAGAACUUGAACGAGAAUAGGACUCUGUGGAAAUUGGGAACCCUGCCACCGGGCCUGAUAACAUUCUACUCCACAACAAAGCCGUUGGACAAAUCUUGGCAUGUUCUGGGACUAGGCUACAAUCCAAGCAUCAGCAUGGACGAGAUCCAGAAUGCUGCUGUUGUGCAUUUCAAUGGAAACAUGAAACCAUGGCUCGACAUUGCGAUGACCCAGUUCCGACCCCUUUGGACAAAGUAUGUGGACUAUGAGAUGGAGUUUGUCCGGAUGUGCAAUUUUGGUCUUUAGAGGCGGAAAAUAAAAAAAGAAAAGUUUCGCAGCUGAAGACUCUUUAGAUCCAAAGAGACACGGACACGCCCAUUCUGGAAACUGUCAUCUGAGGUUUGUUUACAUUUGUUUUAUCAAAUUCCCGUUAUUCUUAUUAACUGCCAUAUAUAUGUAUGUUUUGUGUUCUGAUCAAUUGUUAAUAUUUUUCGCAGCUGUAGUUUCACAUGUGUAAUGACCUUUUAGCUUUUAGUUUGGUGGGGCUUCUUGAGAGUUACAGUAUAUAGCUUUUGUUCAUCUCCACUAUUGUAUUCCAUUUGAACUAUGGAUCAACGAUCGAUAUUUAUGAGAUUGAUGACCAUAGAUGAUACACGUUUAAA